AUGAAGCUGCUAUCCUACGGUUGUCUCAUUAGUCUUGUUACUUCGGCUACAAGUGGAGUCGUAUCUGGACAAGAGCUACAUGAAGAUUUCACUGCCAUCAACUCAAGCUCCAAAGUCUCGAUUGCGGCCGCAGAUCCCCAACUUGCUGUCGACACACCGCCACCCCCAGACCAUGACUCCAUAUGGCACAAGGCUUAUUGUCGCGGCGCCGCCCUUGUCCGAGCCAUGUCCCUCGACGAAGAAGAAAGCAACACGAUGCUGCAAUGGCCUUACACACAAAGUCCUUGGGACGGCGAUCUAAAGCCUGAACUGAGAAAAUGGGGCUGGCUCGACAACGAAGAGGACAACACGAACAUCGACGAUUCGUGUGACUUCGAUGAGAAGUUGAAGAUGAAGAACACUUUCGACGCUCUCGGUGUUGACACGCGACCGGCGGGGAAGGGUGGACCGAAUCAUUGCUUCAGAUUACAGCAUAGCAAUGGGCCUACGGUCAUUCGAGACAAAAAUGGCAAGAUGCCUUAUUUGUCCAGUCAGCGUUACGAGGCAGAUGGGAAGACGUACAGGGUCACCGACGCCUACAGCACCGUAGGCAUAAACCGCAACGACGGUAUUCUCUACUUCCUCAACCGAAUGUCACCUGAGCAAGGAGCCGCAGAUCUCUGGAAUUUGAGACCGGAACAAGUCGAUAAAGCCGAUUUGCCCAAGAUCCGCUCGAGCUCUGACUUAGCUUGGGCGCUCUGGAACAGGGUUCCAGGAGAACCAAUGAUCAAAAUGAUCAUGGCUCUCCAGAUUGUUAAUACGCAAACGGCUGAGACGAUCAUACCGAAGGCUUUGGAGGCGGUGGGAGAAACAGAGCUGAAGAGAUGGCCGGGAACGGAGAUUGUUGUUGGGUCAGAUAAUGACGCUGAGGCUGAAGCUGCUCUUGCGCUUAUUGGCUCGCCCAAUGGACUCGGCGCUGGCUACUUUCUUCUACAACACAAAAGGCAGCUCGGUGGCGCAAAUUUCAUCUACAAGAUCACGAUAUUUAGAAACGAUGGCGAUGAGUUUGAUGAUGAGCCUAAUCUCAUUUUUCACGUUGACAAGAAUACAACACCGAUGCCGGAUGUGGAAGACACUCCUGGUGCGCCGGAGAAACCGGCGGAGAAGGGUAGCGCGGCGGUUCGAGAGGGUAAAGUAGUGAGGAGGAGUAGGGAUGGGAAGGAGUUGCUCAUACACAUCAUCUGUAUCACGGGUCUCUUCGUCCUUGGCGUGACUGAAGCUUUGCGCAACGACACCAGUGUCAAGAGAGAGUCUCCUGAGUGCCGCUGGCACCGCCGCAGCCUGAACGCUAGAGACGACAGCGACGACAACGACGACAACAACGACAACGACAGCGACGACGACGACAGCGACGACGACGACAGCGACGACAGCGACGACGACUUUUGCUUCGGUCUACAACCUGCCGACGAUGCGCUCUGGCAUGCAGCAAAAUGCAGGGGCGGAAAACUACUUCUCGGGACCACCCAAAACGCUCCGGAAGCUGCACGAUUUGUGAAUCCCAUCAAUUCUCCCUGGGACGGCGAGAUGAGAGACGAUCUCUUCAAGUGGGGUUGGAAAGAUGGAGUUACCGAUCCCGAUACAGAGUGCAAUAUCGACUUCCUCAAGCCUAUCCUCCCGUACCUCAGAACCACUACAGGCAGCCACCUCUACGGCGGACCAAACUAUUGCUUCUCGGUAAAGCAUUGCGACAGUGAUGCUAUGGAGAAGGAUGAAAACGGAAACAUGUACCCCAGGAAAGAACAGUACUAUGACGUCGAUGGUCGAUUAUACAGGGCCACAGCCGGUUUCACUACGGCGGUCGUCAACCCAGAUGCAGGCGCGAUAUUCUUUCUUCAACGUGGCUCUCCCGCAUUCGAAGCCCGCGACUUAUGGGGUUUAGAGGAUCAGCAUACAGUCGAUCCAAAUGAGUUGCCGGCUCUGCGUAUGAGUUCGGAUCUAGCAUGGGCAUUUUGGAGACGAGCGAGUAGCAAUCUCCUGAAAAUCUGGAUUAUAGCAUCUUUGACAGUCGUCAAUUCCGAAACGGAAAAGAUUAUCGACAGAGCGCUGAAGGAAUCCCAGUUGAGCGAGGUUCCAGUCUGGCCGGGGGUCGACUACACACAAAACACUGACAGCUAUCUGGCUAUCUUGGGAUCCCCCAACGGCAGGGCAGCCGGAUUCUUCCUCGCACAACACAAGCCCCAACUAGGUGGCAACCGCUGGGUCCAAACGAUCCGCGUAUUUCGAGUAAGCGCAGACACAUCGGCACCCCAUAUUUUCUUCUUCGUCGGACCCGCGCCCUACCCCCCACCGAAGGUACCGGAUGAUCUACCCGAUCCUAUUAUACCGCCACCAGCGCAAGCGGUAGAAGUGGUCAAGAGAGUUUCUGAUGAGAAGAACAUAGUCAGACAGCACGUGCUCUGGGCGAAGUUCGCCUACCAGCUCACACUGAUCUGCAACAUGAAAAUCCACCUACUUUCAUGUCUCGCCGCGUUUCAGAGCCUCGUCGCGAGUGAGGCUCUACUACCCUCCGUCAACGAGACGUCACUCGAUCUCUCCAGCCUGGUCACUGAAGACGGCCAUAGCCUACUCAAAAGAGCACCCAUCGCGCCAGCAAACGACUUCCUCUGGGUGACCGCCGGUUGCCGCGGCCAGAAACUCCAGCUAAUGGACACGCUCAAUCCACAGGAAGCGCAGCAAUUCGGUACUCCACUGAACAGCCCAUGGACUGGAACACUCGUCAACGAGCUUGCGCUGUGGGGCUAUCUAGACAACAGCGAAAACAGAGAUAUCAAAGACGAAUGCGACUUCACCAUGAAGCCGAUGUUCGAAACUGCACUGAAGGCUCUCGGAAUCAGCGCGAGAAGCGCCCCGGAUGGCGGACCGAACAAAUGCUUCUCCUACGUUCACAGAGACAGUGCCGUUGUUCAGCGGUUGCCAAACGGCCAGCUGCCGGCCAGAAACCAGCAGCAGUACGUCGUCAACAGCAGAAGCUACAGGAUCACAGGCGCAUUCCACACCAUCGGCAUCAACGCGCAAGACGGCGUCAUCCACAUGAUCAACCGCCGGUCAGCCCAAUCUGCGGCAAAACAAUUAUGGGGGGUCGCCCAAGCUCCAAAGGACCAGCUCCCAGCCCUCGCUUCGAGUUCAGACAUCGCCUGGGGUCUAUGGGAAAGGAUGAGUGCCGGUAACCUCGCCAACAUCAACUACAUUUUCUCCCACCGGAUCACCAACGAAGAGACACGCGCGAUCAUCGCGCGCGCUUUGGAAGGCCGGGAAGUACGACCCUGGCCGGGAGAGGUAUUCGAAGCAGGAAUGGCUACGGAAUACUGGGCUUUGUUGGGAUCGCCGAACGGCAUCGCGGCAGGCUACCUGCUCGGACAACAUAAACCCCAGUUUGGUCACAACAGAUACGUGUCGGCUAUACAUGUCUUCCAGGGCGCACCGGGAAGUCCCUUCAUGGGGGUACCGGCGUUGCCGUAUAUGUGUUUCGUUGUUAAGCCGGCGCCGUAUCCACCGCCGCCUCCUCCGCAGGAGAUUCAGAUGCGAGAUGUUGCGCUGGAUGAGCCUAUUGCUAUCGAUGAGGACGAGGACCGAGUGGUAGCGCGGUCUGAAGACGGGAAGAGUAUUGUGCGGAGUCAUAAAUUGUUUGCAAAGUCGUAA